CCUUUAACAUUGGAUUGUUACCCCACCAUAGAAACCACAGAAGAAGAAGGAGCGGCUGCGCAGUUACAGCGACACUCGUGGUAAUGUUUACAUCAUCUGUCUCUCCCUCUACAGGCUGUGUGAGCUGUGUCACAUAAAGGCUCCUCAUCAUGACCACAGAGCCUGCCAGCCUGGAGAGCCUGCAGGUGCUCUACCACAGCAAAGACUUCAUCGUGGUGGACAAACACUGGGACAUCCGCAUAGACAGCAAGAUGUGGUAUGAGAAGCUGACCGUGCAGGAGCAGCUGAGACAGAGGUUCCCUGAGCUGGCUGACCCCAGCACCUACUACGGCUUCAGGUUCUGUCAUCAGUUGGAUUUCUCUACAAGUGGAGCUCUCUGUAUCGCCCUGAAUAAGGCCGCUGCUGGUCAGGCGUACCGCUGCUUUAAGGACCGCACUGUCACCAAAGCCUACCUCGCCCUGGUACGUGGCUCGGUGGAAGAAGAAACCCAAACUUUGAACCUCGCAAUUGGCAAGAACUCUUCAGAGGGAAAAACACACAUGAUGUGUACGGAGGGAACAGAAGGCUGCCAGAACCCAAAGCCAUGCCAGACUGAGCUGACAGUGCUGGAGUACGGGUUGUAUGAUGGAGACCCUGUAACCAAAGUGCUAUUACAGCCACUCACAGGCCGGACCCAUCAGUUACGUGUCCACUGCAGCGGAAUAGGCCACCCCAUAGUUGGAGACUUCACCUACAGCUCAGGAGCAGAUGUCACACCGUACCGCAUGAUGCUGCACGCUCACCUCCUCCACAUUCCCCUCGAACCUCAGCCCCUGCACGUCUCUGCCAGAGACCCCUUUGUUCCCACCUUGGAUCCAAAGUGGAUCCCACAGCGAUCUUUACGGACACUGACGGGCACUGUGGAGACGCUGCUGGAGAGGAGAGUGGAGGAGGACAGGAAGAGAAAAGAGGAGGAGAGAGAGAGGUUGAGAAGAGAAGAGGAGAGGAGGAAAGGGAGGCAGCGUAGGACUGAGAAGGAGAGUGAGGAGGAGAGGAGGCAGUGCCAGGAGUGGCUGAGUGAAUGGGCGGGAGACUGAAGGACUUCCUCACUGUCACCAUUUAUAACUUAUUAACUGAAUGUUUACUAACUGAGUAUCUCAAGCAUGUGACCAAAACACACCUGAAUCUGGAGCAUCUGUCUGGAGCUUUGGAAAACAGAGAAACAGAAACGCUUCAUACAAAUCCUGGAGAAGUCGGCUAUCUGCAGAUAUUUCAUUAUUAACUUGAAUUAACAAACAAUGUCACAAAAACUAUACAGCCUGUCUGCUUCAUGUUGCUAAAAGUACCUCACAGUAAAUAAAUACUUUAUAUGUAUUUUUAUGCAUAAGUGCUGCACAUACAGUGUAUAACUCAUGCUCAGUUAUUGCUUGCUCAUGGCUGAUGUUCAGCACCAAUCCUGUCAAAAAUACACUGGAAAUGUUACAUCCCUGUCUCUUUAAAUGUCUAAGAUCAUCACA